UUUUCCAGUGGUUGAUAUGGUAUUUGGAAACGGUGAUAAAUAUUCAUUGACACCUGAAAACUUCAUGUUCCGGGUUAGUCAUACAAGACUAUUAGUAGCUUUAGCUGUGUUUACAAGCUGGUGCAAUUGCUAUCAAAUGUUAAUGAUUCCAUAAUCCCUACUUUUCAUGGGGCCAUUCUUUAUGAAGCAUUCAAAAGUGCGAGGAGCAUAUUGUCUAGGGAUUUUCCAAAAUGGAAAAGACCCUACUACUCUGUUAGGAGGUAUUGUCGUUCGAAACACUCUUGUAAUGCAUGAUCGUGAGCAGGAAAAGAUUGGUUUCUGGAAAACAAACUGUACCGACUUAUGGGAAAGAUUACAGGAAUCCGGUGCCCCAUCACCAUUACUUUCAAAUUCAGAAGCAAGCCCUCCAACCGAAGCAUUAGAGCCUUCAGUUGCUCCAUCUUCGUUGCAGAAUGAAGCUCCUCCAGGUGAACUCAAAAUUGCAAAAAUAACAAUGUUAAUUUCCUUUAACAUCAGUUAUGUGGAUAUGAAGCCUCACAUUACAGAAUUGGCUGGACUCUUUGCUCGUGAGUUAAAUGUUAACAUUUCCCAGGUUAGAAAUUAUUACUACAUGGCAUGAAUAUUGUUGCGCUUAAUAUAUUCAAGUUCAAUUAACAAUUUUGAUAAAGUUAAAAUGUGUUUGAUUGAAAAUAUACGUGUACAUGGUACAGCUAGUUUAGGUAGGUGUGGAUUUUGUUAGAGGUCCCAAGCUUAAGGCUCUCAAAAUUUGUUAUACCAUCUUUAAGCAAGGUAGCAUUGACUCGUUUUGCUACAAUUAUUUUCAGCGAUAUGCCAAAUUUUUUUGUAAUUUUAAAUCAGUUUGAAAAUUUGUCGUAUUUUAUUAUAAUAUUCUUUCAGGGAUUGAGCUUGGUCACCAAUUUUGGUAUCUCUUAAGCAAAUUUCGGAUGUUUAUGUGAGUU